CUCAGUCAGUAACGGCUUAGAGUUUUCAUCUGUAUCAUAAAAUGUUGAAGAAAACAACAAAUUCCCAAUUCCAAAUUCAUAUUUUUGCUCUUUCAUAGCUCAUUUUUUCCCUGUAAUUUCAGUUUUCUGGGUUCUUCUUUGUCAGGAAAUCAAAGGUUACUAUUUCUUGAUGUCUACUGUGGGCAAUCCGGCAAACAUAUUCUGGCAUGAAAAUCCAGUUGGGAAGGCGGAAAGGGAAAAGCUUCUUAACCAACAGGGAUGUGUUGUAUGGAUCACAGGUCUCAGUGGAUCUGGAAAAAGCACACUUGCAUGUUCCUUAGGUAGAGAAUUGCAGUCAAGGGGUAAACUUUCAUACGUUCUUGAUGGUGACAACCUUAGGCAUGGUCUGAACAAGAAUCUUGGGUUCUCACCAGAAAGCCGGACUGAGAAUAUACGUAGGACUGGGGAAGUUGCAAAUCUCUUUGCAGAUGCUGGAUUAAUUUGCAUUGCAAGUUUGAUAUCUCCUUACAGAAAGGAUCGUGAUGCUUGCCGCGCAUUAUUGCCAGAUAAAAAGUUCAUUGAGGUUUUUAUGAAUAUGCCUCUACAACUGUGUGAAGAUAGAGAUCCAAAAGGCCUCUACAAGCUAGCUCGUGAGGGUAAAAUCAAAGGUUUUACUGGAAUAGAUGAUCCUUAUGAACCACCUUUGAAUUGUGAGAUUGAACUACAACUAAAAGACGGAGUAGUUCCUACACCACAUGAGAUGGCGGGACAAGUAGUUUCUUAUAUGGAGAAUGGAGGCUUUUUGGAAGCUUAGUGACCGUGCUUGCUGCAGAUAACAAGAAAAGACUCAGCAGAGGGAAUUACCGAAAAUGUCUAGUUCCCUCCAUCUGUUUCAACCAUUAUAUGUGCUUUUUUGAUAUGAUCAAUUUUAGAUGGUACAUAUAUGUUCAUCUAGUGUCUAGGUCCAUAGGAUGUCAAAUGUGAUACAACUAUAUGCUGCAGAGUUAGUUAUGCACCAUCGACAUCUCGAAUUCUCAUCUGUUUACUGUAACAUUUCUAUGACAUAUAAUCACCAUUGUUACUUUUUCGCGCAAACUUCCGAGGGGAAGAUUAUCUAA